AUGCUCAUAUGGCGUAUUUGCACGAACGCGUUGGUCCAAGCGCGCACUAAAACAAAUACAGCUUUUAUCGCCACCACCUUUAUCAGAGUUCAAUAUGAGCUGUCCUGUGCCUGUGAGCUGUGCAGGAAUUCUCUGAGGCUGGUUGAAACUACCUGGCCUCAUCACAUUUCUAAAGGUGAACUUACUAUCUCCAUGCAAAUUAAACCUCACAGACGCAUUCUCUUUGCGGUUGACGAUUGUCCACACUGUCAACAGGCAUUCCAGUGGUUUCUCAAAUGGAUGUGGCGUAGAGGAAAUCCUUCAAAAACUCUAUCACAAAUCCCUGAGGGUGAAACUUCGAACAGAAUAACCCCAGCAGAUAAGUUGGAGCCAGAAGAGGAUGCUAUUACGCUCAUCCAUAUUAUCCCGCCAGAACUCACUGCCGGUUCAAAUCAUCCUUCUAAAACAGAAGUUCUAAUCACGCCAAAUAGAAUGGAGAAUAGUGAAGUAGGAGGUCAGGGAAUGCCAAAUUUCAUGAAGGAUGCCUUCACAGCCGGAAAGGCAGUAUGUCAGGUGUUUUUGAAGAUGGCGAAAGAGGCGGGGGCAACAAGAUGUGAUGCUUGUAUUGCCGUUGAUCGCCGACAGUCAAUAGGCAAGGCGAUUCUGCGCUCUGCAGAAAUCAGAGGAGCUGAUAUGAUUGUGAUGGGAUCGCAUGGACAUGGAGCCAUUCAUAGAGCAGUCCAUUUUGGAUCGGUGAACAAGUAUAUCGCUCGCCAUAGUCGUAUUCCCAUCACUGUUAUUCCUCCUGUACUUUUUUCUCCAUAG